AUGGCCAAUUUGAUUCAGAGCAGCCUCGCCUCGCUCGGGGGAGUUGAUAUCCAGAGCCUCGCAAAAGACCCGCGAGAUCCACAGACCGUGUUCUAUCUCAAUCCUGUCUACGCUUCUGAAAAGGACAAUGCUGCAGUCAAUGAUGCCAAAGAGGCUUUGCAGGACACGAUCUAUUCAUGGGCACCCAAAAUCGAGCGUACGGUCCAGGAGAAACUCCCGAAAGAUCACAACUUACAGGCAAGCUGGGAUCGCGCUUCAUUUCGAGCUAAGCUGGUCGACGCACUUGCCAAACAGACACCUUGGUUGGCCAUGACUGGCAAUACCACUGCGAGUCCUGUGGAUAAAUCUCUUACAGGGGACUAUGGCAAGGAUAAGUUGAUGUUCCAGAAUCUCAUUGAUGGACAUGUCAACAGUCAGCUACAUGAUAUUCCCACGAACCACCUCAGCAUCAUCAGCAACCUCAUAGCAGAGACUAUGGUCCUCAGCCGUACAUCCCUGGCCAAGACGCAGAGGUUUGCUAUUGUAUUGCCCUGGGCCAAGGCGAAUGAGGCCAGUAAGUAUCUUCGUGAAUAA